AACAUUGUUGACCUGCCUUUCUACCGUUGAAAAUAUAUACAAUCACCUAAAAAUCACGUUAUUUUGUUUAGACUACAUCAGUUUUGUGAGCGAAAUGGAGGAACUAACUCCAAUAAAGGUAGAAGAGCUUGAAAUAUUCGACAUUUUGCCUGCGGUAGAGGAAACUCCGCUCGAUAGCAGCGAUCGGUGCUCCGAUGAAAUUACUAUGCCUAACGCCUCGAUGAGAAGUUCAGCUGAUGUGAUACAAGAACCUGUGACCGAUAACACUGGUGAAGCUAAGACCACGGUGAAUUCUAGCUUCAGCAAUUCGAACGGUUCUGAAAUGCCCGAUGCCGGUUCAAGCGAUCAGUUACGGAAAAAGUUCGUUUGUGAAAUCUGCAACAAGGAACUGAGCACAAAACGCAACUUGAAGAAUCAUAGAAGAACUCACACCGGGGAACGUCCCUUUAAAUGUGGCAUCUGUAGCAAAACAUUUAGCAGCGACAUGGUCCUGUAUUACCAUAAGUUGACUCAUACAGGAGAUCAGAUUUUCCAGUGUGACAUAUGCGAACGGCGUUUUUUCCUUAAAUCGAAAUUGUCAACGCACAUGAAAGUACACCGCACAGAUUGCCCGCAUCAGUGUUCGAUUUGCGAUAAAAAAUUUGCAACUAAUCUUCGUCUUGAAGACCAUAUGUUCAGUCACACCGAUGAGCGACGCUUUAAAUGCGACAUCUGCGGUACAUCAUGCAAAAGAUGGAAAACUUUGAUGAGUCAUAUGCAGAAGAUCCAUGAAAUCGAUCCCUAUCCAAGCACUGCGGGAGGUUCGGACUCAAACCGGACAAAUAACGCCAGAGCAACGGUUUAUUGAAAUACAACUGCGAAAUAUGCGGUAAACAGUACAAACAACUAGGGUUCUUUCGCCUACAUCUAAUUCUUCACCAGAGCACUACUUCAGAAACUCCCAAUAUAAAGCGACAUGAGUGUAAGAUUUGUGGAAAAGGGUUUUCGCGAUCGCAAAGGUUCAAACAGCAUGUGGUUUGCCAUACUGAAGAGCGACCCUUUAAUUGUGAUAUUUGCGGGUCAACGUAUAAGUCAACUGAAAGUUUGCGACUACAUAAGAAACGGCACAACUCGGAGAGGCCAUGUAGUUGCGAAAUUUGCGGGAAAAACUUUUUAUUUUUUUCCGAAUUGAAGCGGCACAAGCUUUCCCAUUUUGAUGAUCGGCCCUUUAAAUGCAAUAUCUGCGACCGAUCCUUCAAAAUAGCUUUCAAGCUGAAGAAUCAUAAAAAAACUCACAAUAUAGAGUGUGGGCGCAGCUGAUCGAUUUAGGCUUUUCACCCGUCACCGAUGACGACAAAGACGGAUUUUACCGCGCAGUUGGAGAGUGAGUACAUGAUCAUUGUUGAUUGUGAAUUUUCAUCCGAACAUUGCUAAAUCAUUUCAAUAUUAUUCUCAGUGUGGUUUGAGAAUAAGUUUGCGAAUAGCCUUGUUUAGCUUGAUUUUCUUGGAGAAAACAACUUUCUGGUUAGGCAAGCAGUAAAAAAAACCCUCAUUGUUAAGAAAACAUUGAAUCGUUACUGAAUUAAAAUUAUACCCUUACAGAAUACA